AUGUUGGGAUGGCUCCUUCUUAUGGUCUGCACAAGGAUCUCUCAGAUGGCAGAGGCAGGAGGCACCAAGGAAGUCUUAAAGGGGAUCAGCUAUGGGCCCGCUCCGCUCAAGGCGGCAGGCAGGUUGCCCAACGAUGAUUUCAUGGCAGACUCAGCCAAGGCGCAGUGGAGCACAUCUGGACGUGGAGAUUUGGCCAUCAUGAAAAAGCUGGGAGCCAACGCGGUACGGCUUUACGGCAAUGACCCUCGAGAGGAUCACAAGCCGUUCCUGGAUGAAGCGCACAGUCAGGGACUACAGGUAAUACCUGGGAUGAGCGACUACCCAUUCACGCAGAUGCCGAAAAACUGCAUCACGACGGAGUACAACUGCUAUUCGCAAAUCAAAGAGCAGUACAAGAGUAAUCUGGAGAACGGCUUCCUGGACAAAGACGGUGCUUAUCAUCCUGCCCUAAAGACCAUCAUAGUAAUCAACGAGCCGGACCUGAAGAUUCCAGGGGAGUCACAGCCCAAAAAGUUCAGCAGGGCGAUCAUAAGUGCUAUCGACGGCAUGCUUGAUGCUGAGAAGGAGGCUGGUGCCAGUGGGAACUUCCCCAACUUCACGGCCACCUUUUCCUUCGGUGUCUGCACGGCUUGUCCGGGAUCGAAGUCGAAGCCCUCACUCGGUCAAAUGUUGGAGCUGCGACGUGCCAUGGAGAAGCCGGAGGACUAUGGCUACACACCGAAAAACGACCUGGCCAAGAUUUACAGAUCACGGUUCACGAACAGUUUCAACACCAACAACCCCGCGACUGACAUGAAACCACUUUUCCUCGAUGACUACGAGGCACUGUUUUCAACGACCCCUGUUUUUAUUGGUGAGUAUCAUGCGCCGCACAUCCCAGUUGGCCAGGACCUGGAGAAGAUUCUGUCCAUCGCACAAAGCUCGAGCUUGGUUGGAGUCAGCUUCUUUGAGUACCAGGUUCGCUAUGACAAGGGGGGAUCCGAGAUGGAGUUUGGCAUGUUUGGUUUGGGCGUCCAGAAGAUUGCCAGCAUGGACUUCUUCGGCACCUCCUUCCCUGUGUGGUGCCUGACCGAAGUGGCCGACAAGCAGUCCUCCGGCGUCACUGUUGUUGACGAGCUUGCGAAAGCAUUUGGAGGCCCCGGUAUCAAGGCAAACGAGCUUUGUGUGAUCGAUCCACAGAAGGUUCCGAUCUCUGAGGAUGGCUACGAAGCUGUUUUGUCUUUGAAGGAUGUCGACAAGAUGGCAACCUUUGUGUCGCGUGUUGUGGAGCACAUGGGAGGCUCCGUGAGAGACGAAAGUCAGUUGCAGAGCUUUGCCAAGAGGUACGCAGGAAGCACACUUGCGGCUUAUGCCCGAGACUGGCCUCUGCGAGCCUCCGAGGGCAACCUCAGCUUCGCCUCCAUGGCCUCGGAUCUCGGCCAGCAUCCAUCUUGGAUCAGCUGGGAUGAAAUGGCUGCUUGUGUUGCCGAUCGAGCUUCAGAUGAGAGCAGCGUGGGACAGGCAAUCAGCUAUGCUUGCGGCAAGCUCCACUCCUUCAACUGUUCAGAACUACCAGAUAGCUGCAAUCAGGACAUCUGGCUGAAGGCGGACUACGUCCUCAGUUUGUUCUACUUGCGGCAGGUCACCAGCCGAACUCCACUACAGGAUUGCAGCUUCAAUGGUGCUGCCAUGUUCGCACCCGCGUCCACAUACAGACCUGUUGCAUCGACCUCGGUGCGACCUGUCUUGCCCACUUUCGCUGCGCCUCGGUGCAUGAGUUUUUUGAGGGACUUCUUCCGUGUCUUGGAACUGUCGGACGAGUCGGAGGACGAGGUAGAUGCAAGUACAAGAAGCGAUCCCGAGAGCAAAAGACGAAGGACCGAGGCAAGUGCUUCUGGCAUCGUGAGCACGGCCAACAGUGAUGUGGUGCCCGCAGAGCCUGAAAGCAAGCGUUUUGCAGACGGCCGCUCCGGAGACGAACGCUUUCACUCUGCCUUGUACUUCAACAAGCUUAUGGACUGCAUAUGCACUUGUGGUAACUUGGAUAAUCGUGAUGAUCUGACGCUGCAGGACAUUUUUGAGAAUCACCCAAUGGGCAACGACUUGGCCACGCAUGUUGUCCUCGUGAACUUUAUGAUAGAUCUGCCAUGGCUUUGUCAGCAAUGUCCGUCUCUGCUGCGUACGCCGCGCAUGUCCCUCCUGUAUGGCGAUGGUGGUGAUACUUGCAAGCAGGUGGAACGAGAACGAGCCCGCAUGGGAUUGUCCACGUCGCUGCAUUCUCCAUCCUUGCCCUUGCAGUGGGGAACGCAUCACAGCAAAAUAGUGUUGUUGCUGUACAAGAACUGUCUGAGAGUGUGUAUUCGCACCUUCAACGACAUCUUUGCAGACAUUCACGAGAAAUCAAAUGCAAUGUACAUUCAAGACUUCCCUGAAUUGCAGCAGCAAAAUCGACCCGACAAAGAUAAUUUCGGAGAUGACUUUCGGAACCAGAUUGUCAAGUACUUCCAAGCAUGUGGUGGCUUCGAGCCUGCAGAGCUUCAUGCAUACGAUUUCUCUACUGCGGCGGUUGCCAUCGUGUGUUCCGCGCCCGGAUAUCAUGCAUCUGGCAAUUUGCAUGAAUGGGGCCAUCUACGUUUACGCAAGCUACUGGGUCAGCAUGCUAAAGGGUUGCAGCAUCCAGCUGGGACUCACGGCGUAGUUUGCCAGGCAAGCUCUUUUGGAACUUUGUCCAAGAAUUGGAUUGACGAAUUCCAUGCCACCUUGUCAGCAACAUGUGACGCAACACAUACGGCAUUUCUCAAGAAGCCUAUGCUCACUUUCGUCGCUCCCACUGUAGGACAAGUUCGCGAUAGUAUCGAGGGAUGGGUUUCCAGCGCGUCUUUGUUCAUAAAGCGAGCGACUGUGUCGGCUUGGCCCACACUCUGGCGACGAUGGGGUCCCAAGGUGGGCUCGCGAGAUUCGCGAUCAAUGCAUCGGGCCAUGGCUAUGCCCCACUUGAAGACAUUAUGCAGAUAUGUCACGUGGAACAAAGGUGACGACGAAGAUGCGCUCUUGCUUUGGCUCUAUGUCGGUUCGCACAACAUGAGUAAGUCGGCAUGGGGAGAAAUUCAGAAAGGUGGAUCACAACUCUGCGUCCGCUCGUAUGAGAUGGGUGUAGUCUACUUCCCGUCGCGUUUGGCGACACUUGAGCGUGACACGUCAAGAGGAGCCUUCUUCUUGCACAAGAUUCAUAACGAGGCUAAGCAUGAGGCCGUGUUUGUGCCCAGUGCAACGCACUCCAGGCAAGCCAAACUUCUUGAGAGUCUGCGGCUGCGGGCCUUGCCCAUGGUCUUUCCAAUUGCCAUCCCGCCUGCACCUUCCCCCGUGGCAGACGAUCCAACGUGGUCCCGUGACCUGCCUAAGGAAAUGUAUGCAGGACUGGACCGCUUUGGAACUCGAUUCGGAGAACGAGGUCCCGAGUUCUACGGCCACCGCGCCGUCGCGCAGCGGGGAAAAGGGGAUGCUGCCACCACGGCUCUCAGCGAGGAAGGCUACCAGACAGUGAUCAGCAGCAACAGCACUGCUCAGGUGAGCACUUUCAUCGGGCGAGAAGUUCUGAAUCAGAAUAUGGAGGUGACGGACCAGGCUGGCCUCACUGCAUUUUCAGCUCAUCCACCGACCAGCUUCCACAUGCUGGAGGAGGAGCUUUCGCAAGUGCCGUGGGUCUGCGGUGGUUCUUCUGGACGGAAUUGCCCCCCGAAGAAGAGCUCCACUGCGUGGUUGGAGAUAGGCCCGUGCAACCUGAGCCCUGGGCAUGUGGUCGGUGCUGCCCAUUGUCUCACGAUGCAACAACACUUUCUGGCAGCUGGCUCAGAGUGCCGCACGUCAUGUGCAACUUUCAGUUCCAGAUCUAUGCAGGCUGUACACUUUGGACACAGCAGCUGCACGCUGCCUUGUGGCAGGAAAGACUAA